AUGUUACUAUUGAGUUUUAUGAGUUAUGCAAAGAAUAUUUUCAUUUAAAAGAUGAAUAGGAAUUACUUAAAAUGUUAAAUACCAUUUAGACAAUAUUAAACUAUCUAAUUAAAAUUUAUUAUCAAAACGAUAAUAUUCCGGUGUCAGCUUAGAAUUAAAAUAAUGUAAAAUUAUAUCAUUUUGUCAUGGGAUAUCAGAAGCUAUUGCUCCAAUUUUAAAAGCUUAUUACAUAUUUAAUAAAUUAGACUAUUUAAAUACAGCAAUACAUAUGAUAGAAUAACUUUACAAGUUUGGAAUAAUUAAGAAAGGUUAUAGGUUAUGUCAUAGAAUUCUAGGAAACAGUAAUGGGUUUAUGUAUUUAUAUAGAAUAACUGGAAAUUAGAAUUUGAGACGAUAUGCUUACUAAUUUUUUUACUAUAAAAAGAAUCCUUGUAUUUUUACUGAAAUAAAGAAUUUCCCAUUUAAUGACCGAUAUAUUAUUGGAAUUUCUGAUAAUCCCUUCAGUUUGAUGCUACGAAAUAUUAGAGAUAUGUGUGCAAUGAUGGAUUUCAUUAAUUAUAAACGAAUGCCAGGAUAUGAAAUUUGA